GUUUUCAUCGGUUUCCUUUUGCUGUCUGUGUUCAUUCCUCUGUUCUCUCAGCUUGGAAUCUUAAAUCUCUUGGGCUGGUUGAUUUGUUUUGGGGAAAGUGGGGAGGAAGACUAUACAGGGAGGAAAGCAUAUUUCCUCUCUUCUACCCCUAAGACUUGAUUCUGGAGCCCCUGUAGGUCACCCACCUCCAAGAGAAGAUAUAAAUCAUAGAUUUGGAGCUUGGAAGGAAACUGAUCAUCUAGUCCAAACUCCUCGUUUUAUAGAAGAAGGGGCUGAGGCCUCAGGAAGUUAAGCAUCUUGCCUAAGGUCUCACCAGGUAGCAAGCAUCAAAGGAGGAAUUUGAACCCAGAGCCUCUUUCUUCUGUCCUAUGUUGAUUCCUUCCUCCUUUCACAGGCUCGCUGAAACAGGGAUAAGAUGUUUGGUAUUUAGGAGCUUUCAGCAGUUCUAUUACCGGUGGUGAUAGAAUGUUAAGGAGGUUCCACUUAAAGGGAGAGUUGGCCCGGUGGAAGAUCUCUUCUCAUGACAUCUCUGCUGAUAAAUAAACAAAAGCACUUUGGAAGAGAUCACCAAGAUCAUCCAGUCAAAGGAGUCUUUACCUGGGGAUCUGUAAAGGACUGUUAAGAAUAUUUCCAUCUUAUUUCAGGAUCGUUGGUUUCCUUUGUAAUCCCCUACUCCAAGAAUCCUCCUAUCGUGGCCAUUGAAGAGGAAGAGACGAAGAGAAUAUACAAUGGACUCAUCCUGGGAAAGUACGUGCCGGGUGGGCGGCCUGUUGACAGAGAGCUGAAGAGGGCACCUCGGCCGUGCCCCGUCCCACCCCCAGUCCUGGGCCCAGCAUGCGGCUGAGCGCUCGGCGGCUGCUCCUGGCGGCCGGCCUCAUGCUGGCCUUCGCACUGGCCACCCACGUGGGGCAGCAGAUGCUGAUGUGCCAGCAGCUGCUGGCCUUGAGCCGCAGCCAUGGCAUGAUGCGGCCCGAGCAGGAGGAGCUGGUGAUGGUGGGCGCCAACCAGGUGGAGUACCGCUACAGCAAGGAGAUGCCGCUGAUCUUCGUCGGCGGGGUGCCCCGCAGCGGGACCACCCUGAUGCGCGCCAUGCUGGACGCUCACCCGGAGGUGCGCUGCGGCGAGGAGACCCGGAUCAUCCCCCGUGUGCUGGCCAUGCGCCAGGCCUGGUCGCGCUCCGGGAGGGAGAAGAUGCGCCUGGACGAAGCCGGGGUCACGGACGAAGUACUGGACGCGGCCAUGCAGGCCUUCAUCCUGGAGGUCAUCGCCAAGCACGGCGAGCCGGCCCGCGUCCUCUGCAACAAGGACCCGUUCACUCUCAAAUCCUCCGUCUAUCUCUCCCGCCUCUUCCCCAACUCCAAGUUCCUGCUCAUGGUGCGGGACGGGCGGGCGUCCGUGCACUCCAUGAUCACCCGCAAGGUGACCAUCGCCGGCUUCGAUCUCAACAGCUACCGGGACUGCCUGACCAAGUGGAACAAAGCCAUCGAGGUCAUGUACUCACAGUGCAUGGAGGUGGGCAGGGCCAAGUGCUUGCCCGUCUACUACGAGCAGCUGGUGCUGCACCCCCGGCGCACCUUGCAGACCAUCAUGAAGUUCCUGGGCAUCGACUGGAGCGAGGCCGUGCUGCACCAUGAGGACCUCAUCGGCAAGCCCGGCGGCGUCUCUCUGUCCAAGAUAGAGAGAUCAACCGACCAAGUCAUCAAGCCUGUGAACUUGGAAGCUCUGUCCAAAUGGACUGGCCACAUUCCAGUAGAUGUGCUAAAGGACAUGGCUCAGAUUGCCCCAAUGCUGGCCAGGCUCGGCUAUGAUCCCUAUGCAAACCCACCUAACUAUGGCACUCCUGAUCCCAUUGUCAUCAAUAAUACAAAUCGGGUCAUGAAAGGGGAUUUUAAAACACCAGCGAACUUGAAAGGACAUAUACAGUAUCUUGGAUCUCUAUUGAAGAAAGUGAAAAGAAGAUAUUUCUCUGACCUAUUUCCUCAUCGCCUCAUUGUAAUUUUCCCACAGUCCUCGUCUGGGUUUAUUUAUAUGGAUAGGUCUCAAGUUUGAGGGGCGUCCACAGAACAUUACUGUAUAGUGAAUGCGAACACCACCUCUUCUCACUCACAAAGCGAAUGAUUCCAGGUAUGGGACAGGUGUGGCUCUUGUUGGAACUCUGGGAGUUUGAAGACUUUAUCUGUUAAGCUUAAAAGGAAAGGGAAAGAGGCAUCUAGGGAGCACUUUGGAUAGAGGACCAGAUCUGGAGUCAGGAGGAUUUGGGUUCAAAUAUGGUCUCAGAUACUUCUCAGCUAUGUGCCCCCAUGGGCAAACCACUUAACCCCAUUUUCUAGACUUUGCCCUUCUGUCUUAGUUCUGUUUGUUUGUUUGUUUGUUUUUAAAGAGGAAAGGAAAGAGGAAUAGACCAUUCCCUGAAACAUAACCCCAAAUGAGCCUCCCUUGAUCUCCAGUGUUCCUUGGAUUUCUUCUUCAUUUCAUUGUGAAUUGUGGAUACAUUUCAAUCAAUCAUUCAGCCAAUCAACAAGCAUUCUUUAAGGACCUUCUAGGUGCCAGGAGAUGAGCCAAGUAUUUCUCUGGUGGCAGACAAGCAAACUCUUAAUUAUUGUCGUUUUCAUUAUGAUCCUCUUUGAGGCAGGGGGUCUGGUGGACUCAGGAGUCUCUGUAGACUGGCCUCUUGUACUGGGAAGGAUCCUGCCAGAUCUUAUACCUGGUCCUUAUACCUGGCAUCUCUGUUUUUCUUGGCUGGAAAACCCCCCAAAGCCUCUUCUCUCAGGACUACUUGCAAUACCCAUUUAUGGUGUGCAAGAAUUCAUUGGUUUGCACUUUUAUUUCUGGUGUGUCCCAGGGAUUGAGUUGCUGGUCUCCCUACCCCUCUAAUCAGGGCAUCCGGAGAAUGAUCUCAAACCCAGGAAAUGUCUACCAGAGAGACUAAAGCAGUUUCCUUCUUAGAAGAUGGCUCAUCCAGCAUUUUGAGGCCCUUCUCCCUCUGGUGUUCUUCCCUUCCCCCAUAUCAUGGUUUAUUUAGAAAAGUAGGCUUUCAAUUGAGAGGGGGGCUACAGAAUAUUAUUGUAUCAUAAUCAUUCUCAACAAGCAUUUAUUUAGGACCUACUGUGUGCUGGGCAUGGUGCUAAGCUCCAGGGAUACAACGGAAGUUCAAAGAUAGACCUUGCCCUCAAAAAGCUCCCAUUCUAAUGGGGGAGACAACAGACAACACUGAAGAGGGAAGGUGCUAACAGUGAGCCCUCGGAAGGCCCAUGGACCACACCAGUAUCCAUUCACGUAGCCUAUAAGCGCAGAGUCCUGAAAGCCUCUACGAU